AUGAAAAAAACGCAGAACAAAAAUACGAAUACACAUCAACUUUGCCCAAAGCUUGCCGAUAAAGUAAUUUUGCGACGUAGAAAUAAUUGGUCCACUUCAUCUGUUCGUCAUCAUUUAAUUAAAGUACAUAAAAAGACAGAAUUAAUUUUAGAAAAUGGACGGCAAAAACAAAAUCUACCGAAUAUAAAACAAGAACGUAAAGAACAACUUCAUAAACUAUGUAUUGAAGCAAUUGUACAAGAUAAUCUACCAUUUAAUGCAUUCAAUGAAACUGAUUUAUCUAAACUACUAAAAGAAGUAGUACCAGGCUAUCAACCUAUUCGCCGUAAUACAGUAGCUCGUCGUAUUAAACGAUUAAAACAUCAUCAUCAUUCAAAAUUAAUUGAAUACUUGAGAACCGUUGAAACCAUGUCUAUCACAACAGAUUUUUGGUCCAAUAGAACCAAUACUUCUUUUCUUGUAUUAACAGUACAUUACUGUACUAAUGAUCUUAAUUAA